CACACCUGGCCUGGCCCAUGGCUUCCAUGCUUGGAUUCUGAAGGCUCGCCUACAGGUUAGCACAGCGACUUCCCCUGAGAGCCCAGAAGAAUGGCAGAUGGUUCCAGUGACAAGCCAGGUACCAAGGGUGCCAGAUGCCAGAAGCCUGGCCAUGAAGCCCUCCAUCCUCACAAUGAGUGGUGACAUGGGGCUGUCACUACCCACUCAACAGUUGAGGAAACCGAGGCCAGGGAGAGGAAUGAUUGCCUGAGGUCACAGAGCGGCAGGGCAGAGCCAGGACUGGAACCAUAGUUCUGGCUCCCUGCCACCAGGAGCUCUGAUACUGGGCCAAGAGCAAACCUGGGAGAGGGACCUGAGCAAUCAUUCUCAUUCAUCAUGGCAGUGCUCACUCUGCUGAGCCCUCCCUGGAGUGUUUAUAGAUAAUGAACUACUUAGAGCAGGAGGUGGGAGUGGGGGAGGGGAGGAAUGCUGGCGGCCUGGAAACCUGAGCCAGGCACAGGCCUGCCAGAGCAAGGCCCUGUCUGCAAGACAGCGCCCCCACAAGAAGCCAGGUGGCCAGGAGCACUUGAAGGUUGGGGAGCCAUAGCCAACCCACUCGGAGAGCUCCGGGGUGGACGCUGUGUGCAGCAUGCCAGACAGUGGGGCCAGGAGGAGCUCUGCCAUGGCAUCGGGCCCUGGUGGGCUUCAGAGCCUCAGCCGGAACUUGGAUGAUGGCGGGACUCUUGGAAAGACCUGGACGUGGUUCUUCUGUGAUGUUGCCCCAGCCUCCGUGGGGAAAGCACCUGCUGUUUCCAAACUGCGGUGCCUCUCGCCCACGCCUCCCCAUGCUCCCCAGCAUCAGAGCAUCUUUCGGCUUCUGCAGGCCAGCAGGGCGGCUUGAGGCGGGCCUGGCACAGAAGCACCAGCAAUCGGGGAAGGAGAGGGCAGCGCCAUCCCGCUGUGGAGGCCUGGCCCAGUCUCGUGUUUCUGGUGCACUUGACCAUUUCUAAAGCUUUUGCUGGAAAGAAUGGUUGGAGGCAGGGCGAGCCCAGGCUCUGUGGUCCCCUUCCUGUCAGGAAGACACUUCUGGGGCAGAGUGAUGGCUGGCGGCUGGGCCACAGGUGGGGAGCCAGCCCUGGUAGUGCUGAAGGGCCCUGACCCAGGGGCAUGCUUGUCCCAUGGAACCCGUCACAUGGCCUGGCUGGGGGCGGCAAGGUCCGUUGUGGCAGCCUUUUCACUUGUGCCUGGGAGGAGCAGUGUGGGAGGGACUUGGGGCAGGCUCCGAGCAAAGCUGCGUGUUCACACCCACAACGGGGGCCCAGGGAGAGUAACAGCCACUCUUGGGGUUGUCUGGGCAGUGACUCAGGAGAAGGUGGGAAGCCAUGCCGAGCUGGCGAAUGGCCCCUCCUGAGGAUGACGGGGAGAUGACUGAUGACAGCGGACAGUGCUGACCCCUGGCCUGUGUCCUCACUCCUGUCUGACCAAAUGUGAGCCCGCCUCCUCCAUCCUGAGCUCUGUGACUCCUCUCACCACUGUCUGCGAGGUCGAUGCAUGUCCUCCUCCCUCCUUCAUGUAUUAGUGCAUCCUCACAACCGACACACGCACCCAGCCCAUUAACGACCCGGCAUGGGCUCUUGUGUAGACUUGCAUCCUUGUGGGGACUUUGGUGGUGAAGAAUGAAAGCGUAUGCCUGGUGCAGAGGGAGCUGGAGGAAUCACAUCUGGAAACUCACCCUGCGUCUGGGGCAGGGGAGGUCUGGCUUUACAGGGCCACUGGGGCUGAUAAGGGAGAAAUGGAGGUGCAGCGCGUGCAGGGUCCUCCACGGGCUGGAGUUUCCUUGGAGGGGACAGUUGUCACUCCCUGUGGUGGGCCUGGUGAAAGGCUGGCAGGGAGGAAGCCCACCUGGGCCACACAGACCGGUCCUGGCUGGUGGAGCCUCAGCCCUGUAGGCAGCUGUGCUUCCUCAUUGACUCCUCAGUGCAGCUGGACUCACACAGCAGAUGCACCCACCUUUAUGAGAAUCCCUGUCUACGCCAGCAGAUGGUUGCCAUGGAGAUGUCCUUGGGACAGGGUAGAGGGCAUAGAGAGGGAGGGGAGCAUCCCCUCAGAGACCUGUGCUUGCCUGCAGAAACUACUGUCCGUCCGGCUGGCGGGUGACAGCCGGGAAGUCUUGCGACAUGGAUGGGGGAAGGGCUCCCCAGGGUCAGCGCCACUACCCGGCCCCCGGAGCCUCUCCCCCAGCGCAUCUCCGAGCUUGAGUCACCAGCCCCUGGGCCUCACGGCCCUGCAUCUCAGCCACAGACUUGGAGACUCCCUGAUGUCCACGGCAGAGCUGGCUGGGGACGAUGGAGUGAAGAAGCCAGGCUUUGGCUCUGGGGGAGGCCUGGUGAGGAGUCUGGGUAUGUGGGGGUGCAGGGGCAAUGGCCUCCCCAGGCUCCAGCAAGGAUGCAGGCAGACAGGCCCUGGGCACCUUCAGGACUCACUCUCCCUGACGCCUGGUGGCCUGGGUUGGAGUCGCAGUACUGCUGCAUGAUCUUGGACAGGUUGCUUAACCUGCCUCACCCAUUUCCUCCCUGCAGAGCAGGGAGGAAAGCACCCACCAUCGGGGGUGCUUGGGCCUCGAGUGAUCAUGUGGGUCCACCACGCCUGGGCCAGUGUCUGCAGAGCCCUGCAGGGGAGCAGUGGGCACUGUUGACCUGGCCUUGGUCAGGGGCUGAGGAUUUAGCAAGCUCUGACCACAGGUCCUGCCCCCAGAGUGGACGGGGCUCCUGUGGACAGGAGCAGCCCCAGGGGCCCCAGGGUAGAAGGGCUGGGGACACCAUGCAGGGAGGUGGGAGACAGGAGAGGCUGGGAGGCUGCAGGAGCUGUGCCAUGGGAGCUGCUGCCUGUGUUGGGUCUGGCAGCCCAGGGGGUCCUGAGGGUUCUUCUGCCCUAGAGCAGCCCUGGCCUGGGGGCGGGGCAUGGAAGCUGAGGGGCUGGAGCUGCUUCAGCCCCAUAUUCUUGCCCCCACCUCCGAGUCUCCAUCCUGUGGCUCAGCAGCUGCUGCUGAGCCUGUGCUGGGGGCGGCCUCAGUUGGGGGUGCUGAGGGCCCUCUCCCCUCUAAGAGGUUCAGCCACACAGAGCACCGUCCUGUGCACCUGCUGCUUCCUGGGAUGCCGGCACCGCGGGUCUCUCCACUGAGGCAAAGCGCUGGGGACAGCAGGGAGCCCCACGGGUCUGCUCUCCAAGGACCCUCCAGAGGUCCUCCUCUGUCGCUGUCCACUACCCUCCCCGGGGCGCACUCAGAGGUCGACGUGGAGGUGGAACCCGGCUGGACCCUGAGAGGCAGGGGCACCUGGGCCUUCCCUCCCCAGGCAGGCGGCAGGGCCUGGGCUGUCACUGGAUGCUCCGGGUGGGCCAGCGGGGAGGUGGCCGACCAUCGGGCAGCGGAUCUUUCACACCAUCUCUCUGGACCUGCAAACAUUCUCGAUAACGCCAG